UUUGUUAUUUUAAUGGACAAAAAAUGUUUUUUUGUUUUUUUAAGUGACCCCAAACUUUUGAAUUGUAGUGUAUGUUAUGGUUCACUCUUAGUUUUCCUUAUCUCCACUGUGGAAUGCUCAUGUUGAUCCUCUUGGUUCUCAUGAUCCAUCCACCGGUCUUCUUUGUUAGUCAGGCCUGACCCCUUCAUCCCGUAGUUUCUUCCUGUAAUCUAAUUUAUUAUGACUGAAGAUGCAGAAUUUUCUGCCAGGCCAUCUUCUAAUAGGGUAUAACAGACUCGUUAGAACUUUGACCACACGCCCUAUAGAUGGACUACAUGCCCUCGAUCAAAUAAAAACUGGAAUUUUUCCUCAAAACAAAGGUAAAAAGUAUGCUAGUCAUUUAUAGAAAAAUUCAUACCUAGUUUGAUGUUUCUGUGACAAACGGUGAAUUAGUUAUGUAUGUAUACUGCUUUCAAUGGCAUUUUAUGGAUUGUAUGUAUUUCUAUCAAGUCAAAUGGAAUUUCUACUCAAAACAAAGGCUGUUAAAGUAUGCUAGACAUUUAUAUCAUAAAUCAUAUCUUGUUUGAUGAUUCUGUGACAAACGGAGAAUGAGUUAUUGAUGUUUACAUUUUUAAAUGGCUUUUGGCGAAUGUCUGUUGAAUGUCCGAAUUUGUGAAUAUAAAACCAACUUUACCUCGGUAUUUUGCAGACCUUUUAGUGGAGUUGAUAAAAUGAGCUUGAAGGACAACCAUCAAACCCAAUCAACUGCAACAAAACACUUUGCCGCCUUUGGGGAGGGGGCGGAGUUUAGUGUGUUGAGAGGCUGUGACGUCGGCUGUCCGCGCAUGCUAGUAGCAGCACCAGGGUUUGCUUUUGUUGGACGAAGAGAAAAAUUGCUGGCUAGCCAGGAUACCGUUAAUUUGUUUUGAUUUUUUUCCUAGGUCCGUUUUGGCCUAUUAUUAAUCACAGGAGUAUCAAUAAAGCAGGUAACUAAGGUAACCCCCCCCAUAUUUUCAGAAUCCACAUCCGUGAAGCAUCAACAUGGCAGUCAGAAGGGGACACAUCAGAUACCUCAAAGUGUGUGAGGUACAGAGUUGUCAGGGUGACAAUAGGGAAUCACAACAGCAUGUCAGUAAGGGUUCGAUUAACAUGAAGCAAGACGCUUAUGAUAACGGUUACGACGAACACAUGGAAGAUGAGCCCAAAGAUGCCAAAACCAACCUUAUUGUCAAUUACCUGCCCCAGAACAUGAGUCAGGACGAGUUGCGGAGUCUCUUCAGCAGCAUCGGCGAGGUGGAGUCUGCCAAACUCAUCCGCGAUAAAGUGGCAGGUAAUCCCUAUCACAAAAACCAGAGCCACAGUUUAGGGUACGGAUUUGUUAACUAUGUUAACGCUAGUGAUGCAGAAAGGGCUAUCAAUACCCUCAAUGGGCUGAGACUACAGUCUAAAACUAUCAAGGUGUCCUUUGCCAGGCCGAGCUCUGACGGUAUUAAGGAUGCCAAUCUUUACAUUAGUGGGCUGCCCAAGACCAUGACACAGAAAGACGUGGAGGAUAUGUUCACACGCUAUGGCCGCAUCAUCAACUCGCGUGUAUUGGUCGAUCAGGCCUCUGGCCUGUCCAGGGGUGUGGCUUUUAUCCGCUUUGACAAACGGGCCGAGGCGGAGGACGCCAUCAAAGACCUGAAUGGGCAGAAACCCCCUGGUGCCUCGGAGCCCAUCACAGUGAAAUUUGCUGCCAGCCCCAACCAGGCCAAGAACUCCCAGCUCAUCAACCAGCUCUACCACAACCAGGGCCGGCGCUUUGGAGGUCCAGUACACCACCAGGCCCAGCGAUUCAGGUUCUCUCCAAUGAGUGUGGACCACAUGAGUGGCAUGUCUACGGUUAGCGCUCAGGGGAAUUCCACAGCUGGCUGGUGUAUCUUCAUCUACAACCUGGGCCAGGACGCUGACGAGGGCAUCCUGUGGCAGAUGUUCGGGCCGUUUGGAGCCGUCACCAAUGUCAAGGUCAUCCGAGACUUCAACACCAACAAGUGCAAAGGCUUUGGCUUCGUCACCAUGACCAACUACGAGGAGGCCGCCAUGGCCAUCGCCAGCCUCAACGGUUACCGCAUUGGAGACAAGGUCCUGCAGGUUUCCUUCAAAACCAGCAAGGGGGGUCACAAGUAAACUGAAAAGGGUGAAGGGGUGCUUGUUUUCCAUUCUUACUGGGGGGGUUAAACAAUAUAUUGGGAAGGCUACACAUUUGUUCAUGGAAGGAGAUAAUUUAUCUCCUUGGUUCUUGUAAUUUAAUUUCUAUGCUGUCACUUAGAUCUUUAUCUUAGCCAGUAGAAAAGUAGACUUCUUGCUGUGACAAAAAAUAACCUGUUCCAUAGUUUGUUUUUUGUUUUUUUUGCUGGGGGGGUGUUCAGUAGUGUACAGGAAGUUUGUUGACCAAUUCUUGAAUGUUUUAAUGAUCUGUGGGUUAUGUUGGUCUACUUCAAGUGUGCCACAUACAUGGUUGAGGGUGACGAUGCAAAUUCCUGCCAUGUUUAAUGCUCUGCUUAAUACAUGCUUGCCAUUUCUCAUUUUUUUAACAUAGUCAUUUUAUCAUGAUCAGGGCGUAAAGCUUGGCCUUGAUUCCCAAUAGACCCUCCAGUCUUUCUACACUCCUGUUCUCAGAAACAAUGUAAUUUUGAACAUGCACAAGUCCUGUUCUAGAUCUACACAGACUAUUAGAUAAAGCAUGCCCUUCUAGAUGUGGAAGUGGUCAUGUGCUGGCAAUGCAUUUGAAUACAAAAAAGAUUGCUGUGUAAUUGGGGAUCUAAGGGGAAAAAGGACUGAUAAAUGUGUUUUCCCCAUUCCUCUAUUUAUACAUGCCCUCAGACAUUAAACCAUAAAAUCUGAAUUGUGAUACAAACUAUAAGGAAGAUUUAAAUGAUUCAGUUGGUCGGAAGAUAAUAUUCUGUGAGCUGUAAUUUUGAUAAAUACAGAGCUUUUUUCCUGAGUUAUUCAAUCUUUAACCAGUUGUAUGCUUUUCUGUUUUCAAGUGAUCUUUUCUUUUAUUGAAACUGCCUUUCAACGUCAACUUGUUUUCCAUUAUUGUUUGAUUUACUUUUGCCAUUAAACUGUAUUUGGUGGAAGUUUUGGUUUGUUCCAGUUUUUUAAUAAAAGUUUAACUUCG